CCGCUUGCAAUGACAUCCAGACAUCUACUCCGCCCUGCCACCUGCUGGAAAAUCUGCCUUUUGCAGCAGGAUUUUUCGUUGGAGUAUAGCACCGUCGCUGAAUUGGCUCGCAGUAGCUGACGCCCUGAAGUCGACAAGUCUCUGUCAUCUCGCUGCUCGCUAGCAGGUACCGGAUCAGGAAAGCUGUCUUGGGGCUGUGGAUCCACUUUAACGCUGGUAUAUCUCGACUCGAAGGCCGCUCGACGAGGAAGAAACAAGAUCACAAAUUAAGGACAUCACCAUGGAUAAGGUAGUCUAUGUCGUCAAGUCCAUUCUGGGGAUGCCACGGGCAGCGAAAGCAUGGUAUAACCAUCCUAAAUUCAUGAACUACCAAGACCUGGACUGGGGUCUUUCCGGCUACCUGCUCAUUGCCUGUGUGGUCGGCAUCAUUACAGUCGUCGUAUACGCCAACUCCAUUGGCUCCGACGUGACUAACAGAGACGGGCAUUAUGGCAUUGGCGCUGGAGGCGAUGCAAAAGCAGAUCCGAAUAGACCACCAAUUCCGCCACCCACAACUAUCACGUCGCUUCGUGUCUACCCCAUCAAGUCGUGCCGCGGCUUCGAGGUUGACUCAACACGUUUGCGAAAAUCUGGCCUCACGCUGGACCGUAACUGGAUGUUCAUCGACAAGGCCACCCGAAAAUUCCUCACAAUCCGCGGCGACCCUUCCAUGACCCUCAUCGACACCGCAAUCAGCGACGGCGAAGGCGAAUUCCAAGGCCAACAAAUGCUCGACAUCAGCAUCCACAACACCGAAGGCCGAGUCACCAUUCCCGCCUUCCCAACCCAAUCCUGGCUAGACUCCAACACCACCCUCGAAACCGUCGAAAUCUGGGAACAAAACACAGACGGCUACAUCUACAGUGAAGAAAUCAACUCCCUCUUCUCCAAAUUCUUCGACAAACCCGUCUGUCUCGUCUACAAAGGUCCCACGCACCGCCUCGUGGCCAUAAACGGCAAACCAGAACUCUACGGCAAAGAUGUCCCGCAUCACUUCGCAGACGUCAUGUCCCUCCAGAUCGCCAGCGAAGCCUCCAUCAAAGACCUCAACAAACGUCUCAAUAUCCCCCAAGGUUCCCCAGAAACUCUCACAAUCGAACGUUUCCGGCCCAACAUCAUCAUUCGCGGCCGUGAUGACCACCCUUGGGAAGAAGAUACCUGGAAACGGAUCCGAAUUUCCACUUCUCUUCCUCACGAAGAAGCACUCUAUAAACUCGAUCUCGACGUCGUGGCGCGAUGCGCGAGAUGUCAGGUUCCCAAUGUGAAUCCCGAUACGGCAGAGAAGAAUCCCAAGCAGCCGUGGGAUACGCUGAUGAAAUUUCGAAGAGUGGAUGAGGGUGGGCCGGCGAAGUAUAAGCCUUGCUUUGGUAUGAUGUGUAUUCCGAAGAAUGAGGGCAAAGUUGCUGUGGGUGCUAAGUUGGAGGUGCUGGAGACGACGGAUAAGCAUUUGUAUUCUUUGAGGGCCUUUAAGGACUUGUAAGGGAGGAAUGACGGGUUAUUGUUGGUUGAGUCUAGCAAAGUCUGCGCAAUGCGAAAGUAAUAAGAAUGCUGGGAGUAUUAGCGAUAUGCCAAAAGUAACGUAGCGUGCAAGCACAUGAAUCCCGAGAUCAAGAGGCCUGCUAUUUGAUAUGAAUGUGCUGCGCCCACUUGACUGGCUUUGCUUCGUUGAGGGUCACGCUGUGAACUUAAUACAGAAUCAUCUAAAUUCCGAAUGUCGACAAGUCGAUGAUCAAUACCAGCGACAAAAACAAUGUAACGAC